AGCAAUCAUUUCGGGUCACAUCCAAUCAAGAAAACCCGUUUUAUUUUCCAGUCUUCACUUCCACUGCCGUUCGGGCGCUAUUUUUCAAAUUACGGUUUAUGCAGCCGCGAUAAAUGGAGUUACAGGGGCACAGAGGCUCUAACCCUAAAGCCGUGCUUUCUUCUAUCCUGAACAAGAGACAGAAGCUUCAAGAAGAGCUCCGAAGCGUUGAAAAACAGGUAUAUGAGUUAGAGACGACUUAUUUGCAGGAAACUGGGACAUUUGGGAAUGCAUUAAGAGGCUUUGAAGGAUUUUUAUCUACAUCAAAUAGAAGUUCAAACCUCAAGAGAUCAAGAAAAUUUCAACUUGAAGACAGAUUAUUUUCGCUGUCCUCAGUCACUUCACCAGCGGCUGAAGAGCUUGGACUUGGACGAGAAGAUGGAAAACCAGAUCAGGGUCAAGGUCGGUCCAAGGCUGGAGGCAUAACAAUAAAUGGACAGGGGAAACCAAAAAAGGGAAGAACAGGAGUGAGGGAUACAAAGAAAUUCAGGGGUUCAAAUGACUUGGAUAUUGACGAUGACGAUGAUCCAGAUAUGAUGGGCAUGAGAUAGCCAACUUGCUUUUGAAAUUUCGGUAAUUCAAAUACUCUGUUGUACCAUAUUGUACUGUAGUAUGUGAUGUGCUAUGUUUAACAUGCAUCUAUGCAGCUUUCUUUUUUUCUGCAGUCUUGAUUAGUUGUAUUUGGUGUCCUAGUGAAACCUCCCCUGUCAAUCUAAAAUGUAUAUUGUACCAUCUCUGUAACUCUUGGUUUGCAUAAUAUUGUGUCCAACUACAUAGGGAAGGGUAUAAUAUAUUGAUGAAUAGUUAAAAAA